CGUUAUGAUCACUUAAAACAGAAAUUCACCGCCAGAAUCUGGUGCAUACCCGGAUAAACUGUCGGCGCCAACGUACCACGAGCAGCGAGUGUAGUAUAAUCAUCGCUAUGGACGAUUUAACCAAAGAUCAGGUGGCCCUGCUGAAGAAAGCCUUUGAUGCCUUUGAUCACGAAAAGAAGGGCAGUAUCGGUACCAACAUGGUAGGCACCAUAUUGACCAUGUUAGGUUACGAACUCAGCGAGACUACACUGCAAGAAAUCAUUAGUGAAGUCGACGAGGAUGGUUCUGGAGAACUCGAGUUUGAAGAAUUCUGCACGCUGGCUGCUAGAUUCUUAGUAGAAGAGGAUACGGAAGCGAUGCAGCAAGAAUUACGCGAAGCAUUCCGAUUGUAUGAUAAAGAGGGCAACGGCUACAUAACUACCGCUGUUUUUCGCGAUAUCCUUCACGAACUCGAUGACAAGCUAUCGCCAGAAGAACUCGAUAUGAUGAUCGAAGAGAUCGACGCUGACGGCUCAGGAACACUCGAUUUUGAUGAGUUUAUGGAAGUCAUGACAGGAGGCGACGACUAAAAGCAAGCCGAUAAUGAAGAUGGGCACUCGAAGGCUGAUUGUUAGCCGCGCAAUUGGCAACGACCGUCAAAGAGAGAGCGUUCCUUCUUCAUCAUCCAGAUACGCGCUUCUGCAAACCACUAAACUACGGCCGAGUGAGAAAUUGGACGUUCGCUCUCAUCCGUGGUAUCGCUGGUUAUAACGUUCACGUGACUUUCAUCGCGCGAGAUGAAGAUCACAACGUGAUCCAAACGAUAUCGAGAGCAAAUGGAAAUCCCGGAGUGUCUUGAAUAAAUCGAAACUGCAUCCGUGCAAAAUAAAGUAGCGAUAAAAAUUUCUUCGUCAUGAGAAAAUGUGUACGCGUACAAAGCUCCAAUCGUUUCUAGUUGAUUACGACGCGAAGAAAGUUAUAAUUUCCCAUCCCACGAAUAUCAUUACAGGAUUUCGUUUCGAGACUUUACACAUGAAAGUAUAACGGAGAGGUCCAAUAUGUAACAUAAACCGUAUAUAAUAAGCUAUACGUAGAAAUAUUGCGUUACUUGUUUCUUUUUACACGCAAGUGCCUUGCGCCUGAAACGAUAUUUCCCGGUGUACGAAGUAGCGCGUCGCGUUCAAGUAUAUGAGGCGCUACUUUCUUCAUAAGUCUUAACUGACAUUAAUUACAUCACUAUAGCAGAUUCUGUAACUUCCUAACAAAUAUGAGAUUAUUUGGAAAAAUUGUAACUUUCUUUUACCUUUCAAAUAUAAUUUAUGCAAUGCUAUAACGUUCAGUAAUCAGAUUCAGACUAAUUGUGUCAUCUCAUUAGCAUUAAAUUUAGCAAUUCAAAAAGAAGAGUCUUCUUCUAGUCAAUUAAAAAAGUGGAAAUGUCAUUAUCUGCGAUAAAGAUCGUUUUUCCACGUAUAUGUAAACGUGUUGUAAAAUAAAUAUUUUUUCUAUAAUUAAAAA